AUGGCUCAGGAACCGGCACUGCCGGGGGUGGUGGCGCCGCCUCACCCCGCCAUGCUCAAGACGCGGCAGCAACGGCAGCAGGAGGAUCGGCAUCGUCGCGCGCGCGCGUGUGAUGUGAUUAUGAUCGUGGCCAUUUUGGUGGCCUUUAUCAUUGCCGUCGUCAUUGCCGUCGUCGCCAUUCACGACGUUUUUGAUAGUCCCCACAGCAGCGACGAUCGGGCCAUUGCCAUUGGGGCCUUGGUCGCCACUCUCCUGGCUGCCUUUGGCAUUCUGGGUGCCCACAGCUCCGACUUCCGACUUCGUUCCAUCAACCGCCACCUCGCCGAAGCCCACGACGAACUCCGCGUGCAGCACAUUGUGCUCAAGGACACCAACAUCAUGCUCGAGCGCACCCUCAACGAUCAGGCCAAGGUCCAGGGUCAACUCCGCGUUACCCUCGAUCAGCUCAGCCAAAACUACCUGCAGCUGCGUCACAGCGAAUCCCGCCUCAACCAAAGCCAACAUUUGCUCCACGCCAACCAGGAUCAGCUCAGCCACAUUCAGCUCAUCGUGCGCCAAAACCAGGAACAGCUCAAGUACACCCGCUUCCUCCUCCGCUAUGAAGCCGCCUGCUACCUUCGCGUCAAGGUCCUCGUCGACUGGCUCCAUCGCAAGUUCUCCGCCAUUGGCAACGAAGACGAACACCUUGCCACCUGGACCGCCCUUCUCCAAGUCUUGCCCCCCUCCCUCGACGACGAACGCGAAUACGACGUCCCCAUCGCCGACGUCUGCGGCGCCGACAACUGGGCCGACUUUGUCUCCUGCGCCUGCCGCUUCCGGGCCCUCAACCGCUCCACCCCCGCCGACCGCGCCGCCGCUCAGGCCGCCCACGCCGCCAACCCCCUCGAAGCUGACACUGACGAUGGCGACUCAGCCCUCCUGGGCGCCAAAGCCGGCGUGGGCGAUUUCACCUUCAAGGGUCUCGAAAAGACCCGCCCCUACAAGCUCUUCCUCGCUCGCAUCCUCGGCGCAUACGACCCCGAUGACUUUACGCGCUGCCUCAAGCUCGGCGAGGAAGUCCCCUUUGGUCAUCUCGCCCAGCACCUCAGCCGCCACUUGCCCCGCCGCAUCUUUGACAAGGAAGACGACGAACGCUUCCAGGACUUUGAAAGCCGCUACGUUCUCGACGGCCCCCGUGAUCCCAACCAAGCCCCCACCCUCCGCGAACUCUCCUUUCAACUCAAUGCCCAGGAGCAAGACAACCGCAUCCCUCAGCCCCUUCUUGAACGCCCCCCACUCCUCGUCUACUCGGAGGAAGCCGUCCAAGUCGACCCCCUCCGUGCACCUCGCGCCUCGGAACCCGUCAUUGGCUAUGGCCAGAGCCGCCGUGGUCGCCCCUCACAGCAGUUUAAUAUCCCCCGCAAUGACUCGGACAUUUCCAGCAUUCAUCUUCGUGACCAGUCCCCGGCUCGUGAUUACUCUCCCCGUCGUGACUCCCUUGCGCUCCCCCGCAAUGAGUCGGGCAGCUCCAGCACCUACUAUCGUGACCCAUCCCCGCGCCGCGAUUCAUACAGCUAUGCCAACACCCAUGACACCGCCGCUCGCCGUCCCUCCGAUCUCCUGCGCCAAAAUUAUCCCGGUCCCCCCCGCCGUCCCUCCGAACUCUCUGUCCAAGGCCCACCCCCUAUGCUCUCCCGACGCAGCUCGGACCUGGCCAUCAUGCGACAAAACAACCCCACCAUGCCUCGCCGCGGUUCAGAUGUGCCUGCUCAAAAUGGUGCCUACGACCAACGUCGCUCCGGCCGUCGCCAACACAAGCGACAGGACGUGCCUCCAAAGGACUGGUCCGGUACCAACAGCGCCCCCACUGAACGCGUCAUUCCCGUCGUCCAUGAAACGGAAGACACCGGCGUCGCCACCGCUGCUCUCUAAGCGGGACUUUGCGUCGACCAGGACCAGGCCCAGUCUUCUCGACACAAUGUGCGGAAAGUGUCGUCACACUCUGCCGUGUCACAACCCUAUUUUGGUUCUUCUUUGUUUUCAUGACCAUCGCCAGUUUCUGUUCCUUCCUCUGGCACAGCUUGUGAUGCUGAGUCACCACUCGCACCCUCAUCUUUGGCGUAACCUAUUCCAUGUUAUCAAGCUACCAAUUGAGUUUUGGAAUGGC